AUGGUUUUGGCAGCUGAGGCGCAUCUACCAACAAUCCUCCCGGAUUGGGCAAUAAAAAAGCCAACAAGGCUCAGUACUGCAUUAGACGAUCUAGGUAUUAGGCUUUCUAAAAUAGCCAAAAAGAUUAUAGUAUUAGGUGACAAAAUGAUGGGAAUUCGACCGAAAGAAUCAUUAUAUCGUACUCCCAGAUUACUUACUUUAAACGGAGUAAGACCAUCUGUAAUGGAUAAUGUUUUUAUUGCACCUAGCGCCUUGAUAUCUGGUGAUGUUCGAAUAGGUCGUAAAAAUUAUAUUGGUUAUAAUGCCAUUAUUCGUGCUGAAAAAGAUGAAACAAUUUAUUUAGGUGAAAGUUGUAACAUUCAGGAAAAAGCAGUUGUUACUGGAAAUGUUACCAUUGGGAAGUGGGUAACUAUUGAGCCGAUGGCCAUAGUUGAGGCUGCUGAUAUAGCGUCUUGCUCUUUUAUUGGUGCUAAUUCUAUUGUUAUGAAAGGUGCGAGGAUAGAAUCUGGUUCAAUGUUAUGUGCGGCUUCUGUUCUUCAAUCAGAUGCUAUUAUCCCUUCUGGUGAAAUGUGGGCAGGUAAUCCGGCAGAGAAGAUAAGAGAUUUAACUGAAAAGGAAAAAGAGGAUAUAAUAAAAGCUGCAAAACAUAUGGUAUUACUAGCGAUUGAACAUAGAGAUUCUUGGGAGCUAACAUGGGAAGAACUAGAAGAUCAACGUGUGGCUCGUGAACAAUUCGCGCGCUACGCCGAAAACAAUCGGGAGAUUCGUACGAAACCUAUGUACAUAAAGGAACCUCCACGACCAAGCAGAAAAGCCAUGGGAAGGAAAACACCACAAGAAAUGGUGGAUGGCGGAGAGCAUAAACCUCCUUUGGCAGAGAGUGUUCACCAGGGAUAUUGA